AUGUGCUUUUUAGAGGAAGCACAAACGGUACAAACAGAACCGUUGGAUUUAUCGGUGCGGAAAGUGAGUGAGGAACGAAUACAAUUAGAGAAUUUAUCAAUUAAUGAAACGAAUAAAGGACAGAUGGAAAGUCUCCCUCAAUCAUCGCAUUUGAGUGCUAUUAGGAGAACGCAUACUAGUAAAAAGUCGUUCCGUUGCACGAUAUGCGGGAAAAGUUUCUCUCAUUCAUAUUUCAUAAGACAUGAGAGGAUUCAUGCCGGUGAAAAGCCGUACAGCUGUUCGAUAUGCAAUCAAAGUUUCUCUGAUCCAUCCAAUAUGAGACAGCAUAAGAGGAUUCAUACCAAUGAAAAGCCGUACAGUUGCCCGAUAUGCAAUCAAAGUUUUUUACGAUCAUCGCAUUUGAUGAGACAUGAGAGGAUUCAUACUGGUGAAAAGCCUUACAGUUGCCCGAUAUGCAAUAAAAGUUUUUCUCAGUCACCGUAUUUGAAGAAACAUAUGAAGACUUGUACCAGUAAAAAGCUGUACAAUUGUCGAACAUGCGAGAAACGUUUCUAUCGAAGUGAUAAAUUUAAAGAGCACAUGCAAACUCAUAGCAAUAAGUAG